CCCUGAGCCGCUUUCUCCUCUUCUGGGAACUGUGAUGCUGCUGUGGUUUGGCUUCACCUCGGGGCAGCCCCGCGGCGCCCUAUAAACCCCCGUGCCCCCCGCCGGCACUGAGCCCACCGGAGCAGCCCCGUGGCACAGAGAUGCUGGUGCUGGUGGGAUUGCUGCUCAGCCUCGCUGCUGCCGACGCCCUGACCACCUUCCCCCCAAAGUUCCAGGUGGGGAAGCUGAACGGGGAUGUGGUGGUGAAGUGCAACACCUCGGAGCCACUGGUGACCUGGACACUGGAUGGGGAUCCCGAGCCCAUGGCCGAGCUGGUGGUUGAGGGACAGACCCUCACCAUCCGGGGCUUGGACCAGCCAGCCACGGGCAACUACAGCUGCUGGGCUGGCCCCGUCCUGCUGGACACCACCUACGUGGUGGUCAGCGGUGCCUCCUCGCCAGGCGAGGAGAGGGUGAACGUCUCCUGCCAGGCUGAGUCCUACCGUGGCUCCUUCCACUGCUCCUGGUCCUGGCCUCACUCUGCUGUCUUCCGUGCCCAUCUGACGCGCAGCGAUGGAUCCUUAGGCGAAUGGGUGCUGGUGGCCGGCCACCAGGGACGGUUCAGCGCCAGCUUCACGGACCCCUCCUUCUGCCCCUUUGCUGAGGAGCUGCACCCACUGCAGCUGCAGCUUGAGGGGCUCUCGGACACCUCCUACCUCAACUUCUCCAUCCACUUCUUCGUCCGUGACAUUGUGCGGCCAGACCCACCACAGGAGCUGAGAGUGCAGCAGCGCGGGGAGCAGCUCCACCUCUCCUGGGCACCCCCGGCCUCCUGGCCGCUCCCCAAGUCCUACUUCGCUCUGCACUACCGGCUGCAGUACGAGCUGCCCAACGGCACCCAGGUUUACCGCUAUGUGGAGGGGGCAGAGGAGAUGGAGCUGCAGGAGCGCGCAUGGCGGGUGCGCAUCAGCUGCCGGGACCCCUAUGCCAACCCCACCUGGAGCCCCUGGAGUGCCUGGAAGGUCAUCAGUGCUGCCCGACGCUGACCCUGCACUCAGACACCCCAUUGUCCCCCUCCCCCUCGUGCGGGCAUGUGGGGGGAACCCCCUGGUGCAGCAGCGUAGGCACCCACCACCCACCUUCCCCUGCCCUUGCGUGGGUUGGAGGGGGCUUUGUAGCCCAAAU